UCUUUAGUUUUCGAUGGAUGUUUUCCGAAGGGAUCGCGAAUUCUCAUAUUUAUUGUGGUAUUUAAUAACGUAAUAAAAUCUCGAACAGUAAAAUAACGUUGUCCGCGAUGUAAAGAGUGUUUUCUCGUUUGUUAUUCAAGCUGCCCUGGUGUCAGUUCCGUUGAAAAAUGCUUGUGUUUACAUCCAAGUUUAAAGUGAGCCUCUGUAUUCCUGUCAUAUUAAGCCUAUGGUUCAGGAUCCUCAAAUAGCGGAAUCGAAGAGUGCGAUACACCGUCAAGCUGCCGAGCGAGGAUAGCCAUUCGAUCCUAACUCGCUCGAGUUUCCAGUUGGCGUGAUCGAAAGGCCUCCAAAACGUCGACCCCGUCGGUGAUCAAGUUAUCGGGGGGUGGAACAGGUGGGGGUGGGGAGCAAUUGUCCCCAGGGCCUGGCCCACCUCUCCCGGUGUCCCCAGCCGAACGUAGCAAUGCUAAUGAGAACGAUGCCGCCGCGACGAAAUGCGUCGACAGCUUUCCGCAGACCGCUGAAACCACCAUGAGCUUCGUUUUGCAGCUGGGCACGAUGGAGGCGUCUUUGGAGAAGAAGAAUGUCGGAAGCAAUCAGACCUCUUCUAUGUUGUUGAGUCAAGAAUCAUCUCAUCCGGUGGUCGAUAACGAGGACGGCGGCAAAUCGCAGAUUCUUCAGUGUAUAGAGGCCACGUCGGAGAUCCCAACUGGUCACGUUAUCUCUUUCUCCACUGUAAAGUCGGUCAGCGUUACAUAUCCAGUAACCAAGUCAACCAGAGAGGUCCAAAAGCUCACUGGCUCCCAAACAAACACCACGCAGGUGUUAACCACCCGUGUGAUCUCGCAAAAAUUGCCAUCCUCGAGCCAUCAGACCCCUUUAACACUGAAUGCAUCCCCUCACGUGACCCAUAUACCGGUAAACGCUCAGUCCUUAUCAUCGCCGGGCAACGGAGUGGCGCAUCUAUACCCUUUGCAACAUGUAACGUCCGCGCAGAGCAAACAUCACAAUAGGAAUCAAGUGGUUGGCUGCGAGAGCAAGCAACAGGCAACCAUAGUAUCCGGUCUACAGGCCAGCCUGCAUCAAAAGAUUCAAUCGGUUCCCUCGCAGCAGCUUGUGACCAGCGGCACGGUGAAGGCCAUUAGCACCGCCACCUCGAUGCCCAACAUUCAGAGGAUACACGCGAAAGCGCAAAAUCUUGUAGGGCAGUCGCAAACUGUUAACUUGCAGAAAGUAAAAGCCGUGACGAACGUCAGCCAGGGUGUUACCGUUCAGAGGAAUUCCGUACCUAGGAUACAAACUGUACAAAAAGGUCAGGUGUUGUCUACAUCCGCCGUCCAAGGGACGCAGUUUGCCGUUAACCAAGUGGUGAACAACGCUAACGUACAAAGAGUCCAGCAGGGGAACUCGACGAUCCAAAAAGCACAAUCGAACAUCAUGGCCGCGCAAAAAGUGACACAGGUUUAUAAUAAUCAAAAGGUACCAUCGCAGAUACUGGGUAGUCAUUCGAAUCAUAAAACGCAACACCAGCAGAUCGCCAAUAAUCAACAGCAAGGAAUGCAAAAGCUACAGGGUCAGCCGCAAAAGAAUCUGACCGUUCCCAGGCAACAGUUGACGGCCACGGUAAAUAACGUUCAAAAGUCUUGCAAUUCUGUAGCUGGUAUACAGAAAGCACAAGUAUUAGGGCAGGUGCAGGGUCAGCAACAGUCGCCGCAGGUUCAUCACAAGCACGGCCAGCAGAUCCAGUCGUCGCAACAUCAGAGGUCCCAGUCCGCGGCAGCUUUGCAAAAGUCACAGACCGUGGCCGCGGUCAAUUCCAAUAGAGUGCAAUCCAUAACGAACGUUUGCAAAAGUAACAGCGUCCCCAACAUCGCCAAGUCGCAGCAGAACUCGAACCUGAUGGCCGUAACCAAGCAGCAAACGAUAUCAUCGCAGUCGCAAUCCCAACAGGUACACGCCCAGAACUCGUCGCAGUCGCAGUUGCAGUUGCUACAGCAGACCUCGCAACCUCAGCAACAGUUGCAGCAACACGCGAGCAGUAAGCAACAGCAGCAGCAGCAGCAAACAAACGUAAAUCAACAGGUACAGAGGACACACAAUAUUACGAAUGUACAUCAGAAAGUUACGGCUGUUGGAACGAUGCCAAAUAAUCAACGUACACAGGUGGUGAACUCCAAGGUGCAACAACAGCAGAUGGUCAUGAGAGUAGGCGUGCCGAAAAGUCAAGUACAAAAUUUGCAGCAGGCAAGCUUGAAAAGCGUUCCUCAGAAAAUCGCGAACGCCGCGAAGAUGCCAAAUUCUCAGAACGCUGUUCAACAGUCGCUGCACAGGAACAUUAAUUCGCAACCGGUUAAAAUCAUACAACAACAGCAGAAUGUGAUAGGGCCGCAGAAUGCUCAGAAACAACCUGGAUGCAUUAAAACGAUACCUCCUCAGAAAUCCGCACAAAGAAAUCAUCAGCAGAAAGUGACCGGGUUCAAGACCUCCUUAAACGCGAAUGUGACCGCGGUGAAGAGUCAAGUACCGGUUGCUGCGAUCGCGCAGAAGGCAAGCAUCAAGACGUUGCUUCCGCAGCAAACUGUUACGCCGAACAUGUUGAUUCAUAAGAAUCAGCCCAUUAAGGUACAGCAGCAAACGAUACAGCAAAAGCAGCUUAUCAUGGCAUCCCAAUAUCCCCAGCAAGUUAGGCAACAAGCUGGGCAAAUAAAAACCUUACUGCCUGUAACUAGCACGGAACCUCGAAAAGAUGUCGAGAACAAAAUCGAAUCUGAGUCGCGUGUAACUAAAGAAGAUGAACAUCAACAAACUGCUCCUAAAUCUCCAAUUAGAAGAAUGCCCCUUCCUUACGAGUUUGUCCUACAAGAUCACAACUACGGAGCACCACCACCGCGAACACCUCCACCUCCAUCACCGCCGCCUCAUCCGAAGCAGCAACCCAUUAACGGCGCUGGGAGUUCGACUGCAACUUCUCAGCACCCUUAUAUCUAUGGGCAAGUUGUAACUGGCACUAAUGUGGAGGAUGAUGCAGCCAGUGCGAUCAGUAGCGAGGCAGGUAGAGAAGCCGAACCAGAAGGUGAAGAAACUGAAACCGCUCCCGAAGGAGAGGGAGAUGACGAAGAUAGCGUUACUAGAUGUAUAUGCGACUUUGAACACGACGAUGGGUACAUGAUAUGCUGUGACCGUUGUCUGGUUUGGCAACACGUCGACUGUAUGGGUAUAGAUCGUUCAAACAUUCCUGACGAAUACCUCUGCGAAAUCUGUCGACCGCGACGCGUAGACAGGCAAAGGGCGCGCGCGCUGCAGAUGCGCAAGCGAGAGGAAUUGCUAAAUUCAGAUACUUCGUCUGACACAUCAUCCACCAGUUCAGCGGACACCGAUAUCGGUGUGAAUACGGUUCCAAAGAAACGAACUUUGCAACAUCAAGUCCCGCGACGAAAGUCUGAACCGCCGCCUCAAGUAAGACGCCUGAACAACAAUAAUAAUAACAAUAACAACGUGGCAAAAAGGCAGCGGAGGGAUUCUCAUCCAAGACAAUCCAGCACAGUUCGUAAGAAAGAAGUCACGAAACGGGGCCCGGGCAAACGCAAAGUGAAACGACGAAUGAGUCUUGAGGACAAGGAAGAGGAGACACAAGACACGUGGAGUUCUUCUAACGUGGCGCCGCUUAGACAGUGGAUCGAACGCUACGAGGAAGCUGUAACGAAUCACUAUAGUCCGGAACUGAGAGCUAGGAUAUCCUCCAUUAAAGUAAACGGUACGCACAGUGACCUGAGGCAGAGCAACAUGAAUGCCAUUGCCACUGGAAAGUGCAGGCUCAACGUGCACAGUAAUAAUGUUAGGUUUCUAGUAGCGACAAUGUAUCUUCCACCAAAUACGCCAGUUGUCGAAUUAAGAGGAAAGUAUAUGUUGAGCACGCAGCAUCGGCCGGCGCAUCCUCAAGGAAGACAGCACAUCCAGAGGCCAGGACCUUUCGUGUUCUUCUAUCGAUUGCCACGCGACGGGACAGAAGUAUGUGUGGAUACCAGAACGUACGGGAAUGAUGCUAGAUUUGUACGGCGCAGUUGUAAACCUAAUGCAGAAGUGAAGCAUUGUAUAGAGAAAGGAACGUUGCAUUUGUAUAUUGUGACCACUACUGCGGUCGAGAAAAAUGCGGAGAUAACGAUUAGACACGAACAACAUGACUUGCUACUGUCGCCUAAUCCGAAUGGCCCCAUGAUACCCAUCUUUUGCGCGUGUAACAAUCCAAGGGAAUGUCAAAUAGCACCUGUAAAUCAAUUGACUAGACGAGGAAGUAACGGGGCGAUAGCAGAAAGUGCCGAUGGUCGAGAAAGAAGACGGAGGGCUAGACGAAACACAGUUUGUGAAGAUAGUGAUCCUACGCCUGUAAUCCCUAGUACCAGUGUCACACCAACGACGCCACCAUCGACAACAGUACCGUCAGUAUCCGCGCCGCCUAGAAGGACAAUUACAACCACUGUUGCAAAUACAACUCGCCAACCGCCGAAAGAAGAAACACCGGCGACCAUCGUUCAACAACCGCAAAUAUCACCAACCUUGAGUCAAGCUCCAGCGCCAGAAAGCAAAAAAGAUAAAAAGAAGAUGACCAGAGAAGAAAGAAAGAUGGAAGCCAUCAUGAAAGCCUUCGAGAGACUCGAAAAAGCGGAACAAAGAAAACAGGAGGUUCAAGCACGGAAUGCGCAAAGGAAAGAGUCAGGCAGUACGCACAGUGAUAACGAUGACACUCCGAGCGUUACAAUGCAGUCGAAACAGAAGCAACAGAAUUCGGAGAGACCGUUGAGGAGAAAAAGGCGGAAAGGUCGAACCAGAACCACGAGUAGUUCCCAAUCGCAGGGCAGCAGUCGAAGAACAAGAUUGAAUUCCGCAGACUCUGACGUGUCGUCCGGUGAAGAGAGCAACUCGAUGCAGUCGCCACCUUUGUUGAGCCAAAAUCAUUCACAGAAUCGGGACCUGCCUUACUCUUCCCAUUUGCACACUCCAGCCAAGAACACGAACGAAACUGUUAAUCCAGGAUCUGGUCAUCAAGGAAUUUCAACGGCCGCUGGCCUUUUGUUGGCUCUGGCAAAUUCCAACGCGCCAGGGCCUAGUUCUCCUCCGUUACAGCAACCCACGCCAGUGAAGAGUCCAACCUGCGACAGUGGAGCGAGCAGUAGUUCUCAGAGUUCUACGCCAUCCACUCCGUUAUCGUCAGCCUGCUUGCUCGUCGCAGCCGCGGUUGGACCAUUAGCACCCGGAUUCAAGUUUCCAAAGACUAAGAAAGUCCUUAUGAACGAGUGGUUAAAGGAAUCGCCGGAUCCACCUCAAUCCAACAUAACUCAGGUGUCUCCGUUGCCAGUUUUACCAUCAGCGCCUCUGUCGAAUUCGAUAAAUCCACUUUGUAGGUCAUCGGAUUUUUCAUUGCCUACAGACUCGUCCGCAGAGUUCUUGACGCAAAGCUAUGCGGCGAAGAGUCUUGCCACCCUCGUACAAGCGGCCAAUUCUGUUUCUGGAAUAUGCGACUCGCCACCUCAACGUAAACAAGCGAUCAGUGGAAAUACAGUGUGCCCUGUCUCCACAGGGUCUGCCAAGAAGAGGUGGUUACGGCAAGCAAUUUCAGAGGAGUGUGAUUCACCAAACAGUAGACCGGAAAGUCCACCGCCCAGUGAAAUGGUAGCUCCGCCAAAGAAAAGGAGAAUAGCCAGGGAGAGCUUGUCAUCGGACAAUUACACUCCACCGACAACACCAACCAUGCUAAUUCCUGAAUCUAUUCCAAACAAUAGAUCUAUGUGCCCUGCAGACGAUGAUUUCAUCGAACAUUUACAGUCACCGCUGAUCGAACAGAAUGAUGAACGAAAUUUGGAAGCAGAGUCUAUAAUGAAAGAGGAAAUUAAUUCACACGAACGGGUAAACCAGAACGAGAACUUAAGGCAGAAGCUUUCUAUCGAUAUCCCUCAGGAUUUUCAUCUGAAAAGUAUGAAGAGCGAAGAGUCCACAGAAAUCAUACAGAUGGACACUCUGUUGGUAAAAAAAGACGAAAACGUUGAGGUGAAGGAAGAAUUAAAAGAUGAAAUCGAUUGCGACUCUUCCAUGCAUCUGGAUUCGAAACCGUUUGUCAAGGAGGAGUUGCGAUCUGUCGAGAGUGAAAUGGUCGAUCAUCACAAAGAUAAAGUCAAGAAAGAACAUAAUAUAAAAGAGGAGCAGUUAGAGAUCGAGAAAGGUACAGUCGAAAUAAUCGAUCAGAAUGAAGGGGACACGGAAAUGGAGGAUCUUAGUUCUCCCAUCGCUGCCAUGGAAUCUGAUGCGAUCCUAAAGCAACGAGUAGCUGAAAUGAGACUGGAGUUCGAAGGCAGCAUAGCUGAUAUAGAGAAUGAUAAAUCUGACGACGAGGAAAAGUUCGAUAAUGCGAAGUGCGAGGAUAAAUCUGACGACAACAUGUCGAUUGACGAGUUUGACGUAGAGGCGCAAAUGAAAAAGAUCACUGGCGACGAUGGGAACGAUUACAAGGAAAAGAUAGACACUAGCUCGGAAAAGGACAAGAGCAUGGAUGGAAUAGAGGGCUUAAUGGAGAGUUCGAAGGAGGAUUCUGAAUCUGAGGAUAAGGAAAUGGAUGAUGUAAAGUAUGAGCCAUCGUUCAAAUCAUUCGGUAUAAAUCAUGAGGAGAGGUUGUUCAAGGAGUUCGAGAGCAAACCCGAACACGACGACACUCUGGAAGAAAAUGUUAAAGAUGUUGAGCAUAGCGAAGAAUCUCAAAAAGCGGAACAGCCAUCUGUGUUCGUCGCUUCAUCGGAAGAAUCCAUAUUCGAGUCAACGUCGUCCAACAUGGACACUGAAUCCCUCGUAGAGCCACCAAAGAUAUUCCAUUCCAUUCCACCGUUGAGUGAACGUAUUCGUAAAAAAACAGAAGUAACGAACAUUUCCAAAAGUCAACUGAAUUUUGAGGCAGCUAUUAUCGAAUCUACUAUCGAUAUUGAGUCAACCGAUGAAUCGAAAAAUGGCGAACAAAAGUCCAUGCUCUCGACGGCAUUGAGAGAAUUACUAGAGGCCAAAUUAGAUGACCUGACACCCGAAGAAGUGAAAGAAGAAACUACUGACGAAAAUAGCACCUCGUAUACUGAGCCAAAAUCAGAAACUUCAGAACAGAGUGUAGAUGUCCAAGAGUCUACUCUAAGGACUGCCCCUCAAGAGAUUCCCGUUGAAGAUGCUUUUAUCAAGGAAGACGAAAUUCCACCCAAGGAAAUUAAGCGAUUAAAGGAUCCUAGAACCGUUGUUCCAAAUAACAUGCCAGCGCCUGCAUUUAAACCAGAAGCAAGUGCUCCAGUUAAGAGAAAGCUGUCCAUAUCCGAAUACCGUAAACGGAAACAACAGUCAUCCGGUACACCUCCAGAACCCGAACCCUCAAACGACACACCAACAACGGAUAAAGGUGGUGCAAGAGGUAGAUCCGAUAGUGCGAGUAGCGGAACAUCGUCUCUCAGUUCUGACGAGGAAGGUUCUAAGAUAUCACUAUCCCUCGAUUUACCGGGUCUCACCGCAUUGCCGAUCUUCACUAAUGCGGAAAGCGAGGAGAAGAAAGGUGGUGAGGAAGGCACAAUCGGCUGGUCCGCUGCUCCGACUUUAGUCGAACGUCAACGCGAGAACCUCACAGAGAGAUUGAAACGAGAAUUUGGAUUGUUUCUCAGCGACGACGAGGAGGAAAGAGCUCGUAAACACGGUCUAACUGCAGAGGCGAUACUGAAAGCGCGCAAGGCGUCUCCUCCGCAUCCCUCGGUUUCUAACACGCCACCAAGUUACCCGCUACCGCAGUUACCACCUCAACCUUAUAUUCCACCCCCUGGCUCCGCGUCUAUUCAUUAUCCUCAGUUCCAGGCUAAACCUUGUCCUCCCGUUCAUUAUCCGAACUUUACAGCCCCGCAGAAUACUUCGCAGCCAAUAUACGCAAAUACCGCAGCACCAGCGUCUACCAGCAAGCAGACACAGCAGUUCUUGGUGCCUCAAGCAUCGCAAGCGCCACCGGGCUCAAACCCGUAUCCACCUCAGUUCAUUCCACCGGCUACCACUGCGGUGGCGAUCUCGAAAUUCUCCUCGGUGACACCACCGCCACCGGGGAACCAAAUGUACCCUGCAUCUGGCCAGUCGCAAAAACCGUUUUACAAUCACCCGGCGCCCAGGUCUUAACCCACAUAAAAGGUAGUGCUGUUGAAAGAAUUUUUAGCUGCGGAUGUCGUGAGGGAUCGGCCCCGAAUGCUGUUGUCGGACGUUCUCACGACUCAUCUUUAAUUCCAUUAGAUUAAAUUUAUUAAGUUGCCCUCCCCUGGGAGGAAGGGGGAGAAGAUAUUUUGAACGGAACAAAAACGAAUCUCGCGGUCUCUUCUGGCUUGCGUUGUUCGCGUUUACGCGAGUAUAAAGGGUAUUUAGAUUAUAAACGGUACGGUGAACGAAGAAGAAGAGACCGUCGAUGAUCCCCAGGUGCUAACCGUUCGCUUAUAGAAACGUUAUGCAACACUUCUGAUGGUUUCGGAGACGCACUUGAUGCAAUUCGCGUGGCCUAAACGUUAAGUAUUUUGAAGCGUAUAAAGAUGAACUAUCUGUAGUGUUCGUGCAUCUUAGGUAACAGCCGUGUUUCAGAGAGCAAAAAGGAAAACUGUAUUGGCAUCUAAACGUAAUGGCCAAAAGUGUAUCGACGUACAUUUUUUAUAUCAGUGAAACGGUGCCCUAACAAUGUUUAUACAUAGCAUUAGUCCAAUUUUUGAUGAAACUAUAACAAAGUUGGAAAUUAAUCCAAGCUGAUAAUCGUGAUACUGUUGACUUGGAUGCAUAUAUAUAUAUAUAUAUACAUAUACAUAUACAUAUAUAUAUAUACAUAUAAAUAUAUAUAUAUAUAUUUAUAUUUAUAUAUACAACAUGCACACUUGCAUUAUCCGAUUUUUCUGUAAAUAUCAUUUGCAUAUAUGCAUAAUAUAACGAUACAGAACUAUUGUAUUUAAUCUUAGUUAAGAAUCAAUUAGCGAAGAAACAGACGGGAACUGACAUAUGCUGUGCUGUGCGUUGCGCUCUACUUCAAUUUUGUUUAAAAAAGAAAAGAGAGAAAACAGUAUCAUGGCAAGAACUUUCUCUAUCUGUCUCUUUAGAAUUUUAUAACUUUCAAGCUCGAAUAGUCAUUGCACAGUAACGAGUUCCUCGUCAACAUAACAAUUUACUUUUUCGAUUCCAUCGUGAUGAUGAUCAUCGAUUCCAUGGAAGAGCACACAGGCCUGUUUAGGAUAAAUUGUACAGUGCAAAGUUUCUUCCGAGGCCCUAGACUGAACGUUCCCACAAUUUGAUAAGUCCGACACCAUUUAAAAGGCUCGUUUUCUAAUCGUUUGAAAUUUUCCGAAAUUUUUUCUGUUCCAUUUCUGUUCCUUUAUUUCUUGUGGUCGACCUAGCGCGAUCAUAUAUAUUUUUAUUUAAGGAUCCGUUCGAGACCUGUAACUUAACAUUCAUUCAUAAGUACAAAGCUCUGUAAGAGGCGAUAGAAAAAAGAAAACUGUAUUAAGGGAAAGAAAAGAAUCGAAACAAAACUUGUAAACGAUAAACUUAAAUAAUCAAAUACGAAAGAUGAAUCGUAGUUGGUUAUGUUUUCUUUUUUUCUUCUUUUUUUUUUGUUUUUUUUUUGUUUUUUCUUUUAUUUGUAAAAAAAGGUAGAAAAUCAUUCGCGGCAUUCAAAAGUCGACUUUUCAUUCUUAAAUAUUGUAAGUACUGCGAGGUUCGAUUAUUUAUUGCGUUCUAGUGGUGUAAAUUUGUUCUUUUUUUUUUUUUUUUUAAUCCAGUGAACGAGAAUUUUACUCGAAAAAAAGAGAAUGUAAAUGAUACAUUUGAUAGAUGACAUUCGCCCAGUGUACACAGUGGUGUAAUUAAAAUUAAUGUACAAAGGUCGUAUCUAAAUCCUAGAGUACUCGUCGUGUGUACAUAUUAUUCGGGUUGAUCGAUUAAUUGCACUUCUUAUCGGGAGUAGGUUUCAAGGUUGUCUUGAUCGUUCCUCGAUGUAAAACGUAUCGCUCGUUUGGCGCUUGUAUAUUUCGUAGGUUUUAAAACGCACGAUUAAAUUAUAGGCAGAAAGUACACAACGAAAUAUUUUUUGAAUUUAAAAGAAAGAUAAAACUUUUUUUAAGCACGCUAAUCUUUUGCUUAACCUUUGGGCCGUGGAAACUUCUCGCGUCUUUUGGUAACAGUUAUCUGAAUUUCUGUAACGGAAUUAAAACGCUAAACAUUACAAAAAUAUAUUGUACAAGCGAUUGUCUAAUCAAACGUUCAAAGCCAAAACGAAAUAAGGAGACAACAAAUUAAUUUCUAACACUUACAAUAUUGGAAAAAAACUAUUUUAUCAUAUAUAGAAAUAAUAUAUACAAAAAUCAGAACUCUUUGAGGCACUAAGUUACUGAAAAAAUGUAACGGGCAGAGACAGAAAGUUAUUUUUAAUAUGGAACAAUUGUACGAUUUAGACUUUGAAUGUAAAGAGAUGAUAAUGUUAUCUUGGACUAAUAAGGUAGAUAGAAAAGCUAUUGUUCCUCAAAGAGUCUUCUCGAACAUCGCUCUGUUUAUCGUUUUGUUGCACUUCGGCGGUAUUUUAGUUGGAACCAAAAAAAAAAAAAAAAACGACGGAAAGCAACGAUCAAUAAUAGAAGUUUUAGCGCGCUUGCGAAGUCACAUUACACCAUUCUGAUAAACUGUUUUAUUCGGAAUCAUUUACGAGUUUUUUCGAUUUAUUGAAUGAAUUUAGAGAUCUGUGAUUAGACUAUAAGGCGUGAAGGCAGAAACAAAUUAAUUGUACCGUGAAAGAAUUUUACAGAAUUUUUUGGUGCGUGUAUUACGGAUCUCAUUGGUGAACAAAGUAUAAAAACACUACCGACUUGACCCUCGUUUACAUUGCGUUCGUUUGACAGCAGCUUAUACACGAAAGUAGAGAAAGCAAAACGGGAAAAAAACAUACACACAUAUGAGACAAGGAUAUUUUUGGCAUUUGGUAUUCCUUUAUAUAUACUUUAGCUGAUAUUUUGUAAUAAACGUGUAUACUAAUGUAAGUUACUCUGAGCACCAUUUCGGAUGGUGCGAACGUUUAUUGGAUAAAGGUGUGUACAGCUUGCGUUCCACCACUGAAGGGUGAUACUGUGAAACUUGUAAAUAUUUUUGUAAGAUAAAUUUAAGUACAGACAUCUCUUUCGAGAUUUAGCAGAUCUUCUUUGAAAUCCUUCAAAGAUGAAAACUAAGAAAACAAAAAAUUAAGAAUUGGGUGGAAGAAGAAGAGCGGUAAUACAAUUGCUUUUUGCAACUACACACAUACACACUCACACGACACAAACACAUACACACACAGACACAAAGCUUACAAUUAAUUAUUCGUUGUACAAUUCUCUUAUUGCCCUACCGUAUCUCUGUAUAAUGACAUUCUGAUGAUGAGCGACAAAGGCGUUCUGUUAUUAUAAAAACUAAGUACUACAUUUAGAGGUAAAAAGAAGAAAGAAGUAACUCGUUAGUACAAUAGUUUCAAUGUUGUAAAUAAAACAGAUCAUAGUGAUUAUUAU